AUGGCCCUCAUCAACCCGGUCCACGCCUUCAUCGUCCCCUUUCUCGUCGUCGCGACAACCCCUCUGGCCAUCUUAGCCGUCAUCACCACUACCUUGGCCUUUUCUAUUCUCCUCUGCCGCGUCAUUGUCGUUUAUCUCGGAGUCGCCCUAUCGCUCGUCCCCUCCUACCUUGGGAAUCACACGAGCCGCCCUCGCCGCCGCCAGCGGCACCUUGAGGACUCUUACCGUCGCCUCUCUUCUGCCACCAGUAGCACCUACAGCACCCACAGCACCCACAGCAAUGAGAAUAUUAGCCCCACCAUGGUCACCCAGCAGCAAACGCUGUACAGGAGGCGGCACCGCAGGCCUAGCAACGUGAGCGCCGGUACUGUCACGGGCACAAGCAUCGUCUCCGCAGGCUCCACCACUCCGGUCGGAGACACGGGACUCGGCUUGAUGCCGAGCGUCGGUGCUGAGCGCGACUUUGAAGGCAUAGGAGGCUGGCGCUCCGCUCAAGACGACGAUGACGAGACCUGGACUACAAUCAACUCGCGCUUCGAGUACCCUGACCGCACGUAUACGCGCAGCCAUCACCGAACCCCCUCUGGCGGACCUGCCACACCUGGAGAAAGCGGCCUCCUCAUGAUGAAGUCCGCACGUGGUCAGAGUCCCGAGGGGCCGCCAUCGCCCAACAGCUCUCGCGCGAGGACACCAUCGGUAUCACGUACAAGCGUCGCCAGCAUGGCCAACAGCGAUGGCCACUUCCCCCUUGGCAUGUCUCCGACCAUUUCCAAGAAGCUGACGACACACCCGACGUAA